AUGCAAAAAGACAUGGAAACUCGAAUUGCAUUUAAAUGUUAUAUACCAUCAAAUACAUUCUUAACUUGGAUACAGUAUAAGCAUUAUCCUAUUGUAAGCUUGGAGCAAGAAGAUCCUUUCGAACGAAGAUUGUCGCAAAUAAAAUACAAUUCAACCAGUUAUGGAAAAUGGUGGAUACCUAUAAAUUUAAGCACCAAUAACUUAAAGCAGAUCAUACUGAACUUCACAACAUGUUUAACACCGGAUUUACCCUCUUUUACUGUACAACAACAAAUUGAUGGGGCAUAUGUUUGGAUAGUCAACAUUCAGCGAGCAGCAUAUUCGCCAGAUUUAGCCCCCUGCGAUUGUUUCCUAUUUCCAAACCUGAAGAAAUGGUUCGGAAAAAAGAGAUUCAUCACCAGAGAGCAGCUCAUCGCCGAAACAGAGGUCUAUUUUGAAGAACUGUUGCUCGCUCCACACUUUCAAGCGGGUGGAGUCAGACAAUUGUUUCCUUGUUGGGAUGAACCGCACUUCAAGGCUACGUUUAAUAUUUCAAUGAAACAUUCUCGCCAUUAUUCAGUUUUAUCAAAUAUGCCAAGAAAAUUAAUAACCCCAGAUAUUUAUAGUGAUUCAUUAUACACAUACUUCGAUAUUACUCCUCCAAUGUCAACUUUUCAAAUUACGAUAGUUGUGACUGAUUAUAAUUACAUUAGAAUUAUAAACGAAAACAUUACUUUGUGGUGGAUAUAUAAUUCAGAACAACAAACACGGAAAUUAAAGUUUGCACAAAGGAUCAUAUACAAUACUACAUUGCAUUUAAAAUCUGAAUUCAAUGGGAUAAACAUUCCAAAAAUGGAUCAUGUUGUAAUUCCAAAUUUUCCACAAGACGGCACAUCGAAAUGGGGGCUCAUCUUUCAUACAGAAGCCAACCUUAUGUGCGAUGAACAAUCAGAUUCAAUUACGCACAAAAUAGAAGUCGCACGUUUAAUAGCAUCCAAAAUAGCAUAUCAAUGGUUUAGUAACGUAUACAAUUAUACUUGGUGGUCUCAAUUCUGGUUACACGACGGUCUUGCUACUUUGUUUGGAGAAGAAACCAUCGUUAAGAUCUUCAAUGAUUCUAAAAUCAUGGAUUUCCUCAUAGUGCAGAAUCAAUACGAAUCUCUUCAUUUAGAUUCUCAUUUUGACAUGAAUCCUACUCAAAUCACCAGCAAUCAAUCAUCUAUGUUGGAAAUGGAUUCACUUUUCAGAUUUCCUCGUCAUUUAAAAGUACUAAUUAUUUUACGCAUGCUCCAAAGUGCAAUUACCGAUAAAGUGUUUCGAAAUAAUGUUCAUACAUAUGUAAACAGACAGCAUUAUCCUAUUGUAUCCUUAUACUUCGAGCGAGAAAUAGCUGAUUCUUAUAAGAUGAGAUUAUCGCAGAAGUAUAAUUCAACCAGUAAUGGAAAUUGGUGGAUACCUAUAAAUUUAAAAAACAAUAAAUUGCAGUUUGCAGAAGAAUUUUUAAUGAUAAACUUCACAAUAUGUUUAACACCAGAUUCAUGGUCUGAUACUUUUAAUCUUCAACAAAUUGAUUGGGCAUAUAAUUGGAUAGUCAACAUUCAGCGAGCAGGAUAUUAUCGUGUCAAAUAUAAUUUAGAAGGCUGGCACGAAAUUGCAAAUUAUUUAAAAUCUACAGCUGGAAAAUAUGAAGGAAUAAGUAUCAUUAAUCGUGCUAAAAUUAUUGAUGACGCGUUUCAUUUGAUGAUGGAACGUCAGCUCAACGUAUCUGUAUUUUGGAACCUCACGCAAUUCUUAUCACAAGAGACAAAUUUCAUAGUGUGGUAUCCAAUGUUUAAAGUAUUUGAAUAUAUAUCCAAUAUAUUUCCAUAUUCGAAAAACGAAAUUAAAUACAUCGAUAUUAUUAAGGAGAAAUUACGAAAAAUGUUGGAUCCACUUAUAAUACCCAUGCUUCAAAAAAAUCAAACAGAUUUUAAUAGAUGUUUAAGACAAGAGAUUUUAAAAUGGGCAUGUGUGCUGCCACACCGUACGUGCAUAUUCUCGGCCAUACUGGAAUUAGACCUUCAACUUAAGAAACCUGAAAUAUAUCCGUAA